CUUGGGCGGGCGUCUACGGUCGCCCAACAUUUGAACUUCAAUGGAAACCCGCGCGCAACGCCCGACGUCUUCCAGGAGAAGUCUCGCAAGUGGCUUUCGCCGCUCUACGUCGGUAAGUGAGAGCCAAGUGAAAGUGGCAGCGACUUCUUCGACGCGGUGCAACCCGAAAUGGGCGUGACUUCGACACAAGUGCGGUUGCAUUGCAGCGCACAUACAAUGGCUGCUCGAAAGAUAGGAAAGCAAACAAAUUUCGGGCCCGCCGCGUCUCGCAAAAAUAUGAGAAAAAAAUUAUUAAAAAUUCGGAAAAUAGUUGAAAGUCAAGAAAAACACAGCAAAAGGGAUGUUGAAGCGCCCGGGGCCGAUGAGGCCGGACGAGGUUGAGGACGAAAAAGUGGAUGGAAGGUAGUCGCCUUUGGGAAGCGCGCCUGUAUCCGCGUCCGUGAGCGCUCCGCCUUCGAGGCGCCAUGGCCACCGGAGCCCAGGGCCACCUCCACCGAGACGCCCUGGUCAAAGCAAAGCCGGCGCCGGCCGCGGGGAGGCGCAGAAGGGCCGAGGCAAAGCCCAAAAGGAAUUUCCCCUGCCAAGACUGCCAGAAAGCUUUCAACAGUCUGGAGAAGCUGAAGGUGCACUCUUACUCGCACACCGGCGAGAGACCCUACCGCUGCUCCCACCCCGGCUGCGCCAAGGCUUUUGUCUCCAAGUACAAGCUGUUCAGGCAUACGGCAACCCACUCGCCGGAAAAAAGCCACAAGUGUUCGUACUGUGAGAAAAUGUUUCACCGCAAGGAUCACUUAAAGAAUCACCUCCACAUCCACGACCCGCACAAGGAGGCCUUCGCCUGUCGCCACUGCGGCAAGAGCUACAACACCAAGCUGGGCUUCAAGCGCCACCUCGCCCUUCACGCCGCCAACAGCGGCGACCUCACCUGCCAAGUGUGCCUGCGGCCGUUCCCGAGCACCGCCGCGCUCCUGGAACACCUCAAAAGCCACGCCGGCAAAUCCGCCGCCGGCGGCGUCAAGGAGAAGAAGCAUCCCUGCGAGCAUUGCGAGCGCCACUUUUACACCCGCAAGGACGUCCGGCGCCACAUGGUGGUUCACACGGGGCGCAAGGACUUCCUUUGCCAAUACUGCGCCCAGCGCUUCGGUCGCAAGGACCACCUGACGCGGCACGUGAAGAAGAGUCACCCUCAGGAGCUGCUGAGGGUCAAAGCGGAGCCCGUCGUCUAUGACUUGGCGUCGGGCGGCAUGAAGGCCGAACUCCCGGACGCGCCGCCGCCGCGCGACUUGGUCCUGGACCCGGAGCCUUUCUCCAACGCCGCGCAGGUGCUCUCUUUCAAAUACCCGACGGGCUCCAACGUGACCUCAUACGCCGUCUGCUCGCAGGAGCGGGAGCAGAAUCUCAAGGGAGAGCUGGAGAGCUAUCUGUUGGAGCUACAGAGCGGCUUGCCGUCCUCCUCCGCCGCCGCGGCGGCGCAAGAUCCGCGCCUCCCUCUCGGCAAACCGGAGACGGCCGAUGACGCGGGCACGCUGCAGGAAGCCGGCGAGGAGGGGUCCUCGACCAAAAUGGCCACGUCGGUGGCCGGCGACUGGCUCGCGUCGUCCUCCCUGAUGGACUUCUCUCAGCUUUUCAAUUUCUUGCCGCUCCCCGGGCCCCCGUGCAACCACACGGGGGGCGGCGAGGGGCAGCAGACGCUCGCCCCGGAGAGCCCGCAUCUCCGCCCGCCCCCCGAGCCUUCCCAGGGCCCGCAGGCUGCGCUUCAAAGCCAGGCUCCCUUCAUUUGCAACCUGAGCGCCCCCACCACCUUGCCUCGCUUCCACCAGGCUUUCCAGUGACCCGCUGAAAGGUCGCGGCUCGCGGACGUCUGCCUCGCGCACCCGCCGCCGUGGCUGGCAAAUCCCUCCGCGUCACCUUUCAACUCAUGAAACGCACUUGCCGUCGACAGGUGAACAUCAUGAGCGGCGGUGUUGUUUUUUUUUUUUUUUUU